CACAUGGAUGUAGUGUAGUGGCAGUUGAAAAAGUGGCAGGAUUUUGAUAUCCAUGGGAUAUUUACACUACAGCACACAAAAUGAUAUUCUGUAGAUGGGUAGUGAUUAGAGUUCCUUUGAAUUUUGACCCGCAGUGCCUCUAUGCUGGGUUGCCACAGAACAACAUUAGUGUUGAAAAUGUCAGUAUUUCUCAGGUGUGUAUGCUAAUGUGAACUUCUCAAUUUUCCCUUAAGUGUCCAACUUUAAGAAUCCAGGAGCUAUGCAGGCAGCCUGUGUCUGGAUUGUCAGAGCUUCUGUCCUCCUGCUGUUGCUUUGGUCAGACCUCCUGGACUGCCAGCACACAGCUGACCACAGGAAGGUUACUCAGAGGGCAGAGCCCCAACAGGAGUUCAGGGCAGAGUAUGGAGAAAUUCAGGGCUCCUGGGGUGCCUGGGGAACCUGGUCAACCUGCUCCCGGACCUGUGGAAAAGGGGUACAAGAGCAGAGCAGGCCAUGCCUGCCUCUUUACACUCCAUCCCAAUACCCCUCUAGAAGAGCUGGUGUUCACCCCCAGCAACCAGGCCUCGUCAUUUCUGCCCUGCGGCCAACAGUUCCUCUGCAACGCAAUGCAGGCAGGUCCUCAAACAGCAGCAGCCGUGGAGAUCAGAAGAAGGAGAAGGAGACCCGGCCUAGUGGACGCAGGAGGGUCACUAAGAUCAUCCCAGGGAGGUAUGGCUACGGGAGAGCUCCUUAUUCUGCUCCUCUUCAGACAGACACAGGCCUGGGCUCUGGGACGGCUCGCCCUUACAGACAGAGACGCUCUGCUGCAGCUGAUGCCCACCACCCCACCACUCAUGGUCGCAGUGGCCACAGGUCAAACAACCUGGACCCCUCCAACAAUCUCCAUCACUAUAGCAGACCCUACAUGCAGCCCCGGGCACAGCAGCCUAAAAAUAACCAAGUCUGGGCCCCCCUCUACCAGCCUGGUUUGGCCAACCAUGCUCAGGGCCAGCAGGAGCCACAAUCGAGCAGCCAGACAUCUGGACCCCAGCAGCACCCAGAGAGACCCUACAACCCCCUGCCUAGUUCCUUCUGCACAGGGGAACAUGCUCACUACAAGAUCUGCAACAGUAAUGCAUGUCCUCCAUCCAGCAGACAUAUCAGGGCUGUUCAGUGUUCUUCAUACAACAAUCAACCUUUCAUGGGCAGAUUGUACGAGUGGGAACCUUUCAAUGAGGUUCCUGGGGAUCAGCAUUGUGAACUGAACUGCCGGGCUAUAGGGUUCAGGUUCUACGUGCGACAGUCGGAGAGGGUGAUCGAUGGGACACCAUGUGGGCAGAAUGAUACUUCUCUCUGCGUGGCGGGAAAGUGUUCG